AUGUCAUCAACACAAUUAUUUAUAUUAUUCAUAUUAUUCAAUAUUGUAUGUGGAAUGUAUAAUCCAUUUGGUUUAAAAAAAAAAUUUUAUCAAUCUUUAACACCUUAUAUAUCAGAUAAUGAUAAUCGAUAUGUUUGGUUUACACGAAGUAUUGAUGAUGAAAUUAAAGAUAAAACAAAUAAUCUAGAAAAACUUUCAAAGAAAAAUUUUAAUCGAUUUUUUUUACGUAAAAAAAUUGACUAUGAAUAUCAACCAUAUAUUUCCAACAUAAGAAGACAAACAAAAAAAAAAACAUACAUUAACUUAUCUAAAUAA